CGCAAUAACAAUUAGACUGGAACUGAAAUAAAGCUGUCAAAGGUGACAAGGUGGUGAAACGUACGAGUUUUCGUCCGUCCGUUAAUAUGAUUUUCUGCACAGCCAACGAAGUGAACAUUGAAGCAGGAACCUCAGUUUGGUCCCGAGAAUACGCAUGCGUGGUGUGGAUUCAGCACCGACACCGGUUGAGCGCACCUGCGCAGUAACUGCCCUGGACGAAAGAGCGGUUUGAGUGGUGCAGAGCCCUGGCCUAGCGCUGUAACCCAGGCAACCAGCCUCACCGCCAACUACCCCGUCACCUGGAAUACACCACUCCCUCCCCGACUGUGAGGAUGGCAGCAUCAGGGCCAACGAAAAUUACCUGGAAACUGCAGGAGUUUGUUGCUCAUGCUGGUAAUGUAACCUGUCUGGUGCUGGGGAAGAACUCAGGCAGGCUAUUGGCCACUGGUGGAGAGGACUGUCGAGUCAACUUGUGGUCAGUCAGCAAACCUAACUGUAUUAUGAGUCUUACAGGCCACAACACACCAGUCGAGUGUAUUCAGUUCAAAGAUUCUGAGGAGUUGGUUGUUGCAGGCUCGCAGUCUGGAUCACUAAGAAUAUGGGAUUUGGAAGCAGCCAAGAUUCUUCGGACACUGUCAGGACACAAAGCAAACAUCUGCAGUUUAGACUUUCAUCCUUUUGGGGAGUUUGUGGCUUCUGGCUCCAUGGAUACCAAUGUCAAGUUGUGGGACAUACGAAGAAAAGGUUGUGUAAUGACGUACAAGGGUCACACAAAUGCUGUUCGAUGUUUAAGAUUCAGUCCUGAUGGGCGUUGGAUUGCUGCUGCUGGGGAUGAUAGCACAGUGAAGCUGUGGGAUUUGUCAGCAGCAAAAAUUCUAACAGAAUUCACGGACCACACUGGACCUGUAAACAUUGUGGAGUUCCACCCCAACGAGUAUCUCCUGGCUUCAGGCAGCUCAGACAGAACAAUAAAGUUUUGGGAUCUAGAAAAGUUUAAGAUGGUGAGCUGCACAGAAGUAGAGAGCACUCCUGUCAGGUGCAUCUUAUUCAACCCAGAUGGCUGUUGUCUCUACAGUGGUUCUCAGGACUCGUUGCAUGUCUAUGGCUGGGAACCUCCCCGCUGUUUUGAUGUACUGCCGGUUAACUGGGGUAGAGCAGUAGACCUUGCCAUCUGUUCCAAUCAGUUGAUUGGAGCUUCAUUCAGUCAGGUGACAGUCUCGACAUUUGUAGUGGAUCUAAAUCGGGUGAAGAAGACUGGUUCUAUUGUCCAGGGUGUAGUUGAGGAUGAAAAGCUGUUCAAUCUCCCAGUGACAAAAGGAGCUGUGCUCAGACGCAACUAUGAGCGGCCACUAACCACCUGCAGCAGACCACAAAGUAGUAAGGUGAAGGAGGAGCCAGAGAGUGAAGGGCGCAUUCCAAGUGGGGAAGAGGAGAAGGAUGACAAGGAGUCAACGGCAGAAAUUCGAAACCCAGAAGAAUAUAAGGAGAUCUUUCAGCCACAAAAUGCCAUUGCUCGGACUCCACCUCGGAGGACAGAUCCCUUUCCUGCUCCCCCAGAAGAUGAUGCUAUUUUGGUGAAGGAAGUUGAGAAAGUGACUGCUUCAACAGAGAUGCAUUCUCCUGCAGUGAAAAGAUUACAGCCAGAUCAGCUGAACUUUCCUCCAACAGCAGCAUCCACUCCCAUCAGCCAACCUGAAGCACCAAUAAUCCCGAUCGCUAAAAAUGAACCCAUUGGGUUGAAGGUGGCAGACUUUCUCCCACCUCAGAAUAAUAAGUUGGCAGAUUUGAGUGACGAAGAUGCUGUGAGCCAAAUCCGGAAAGGACAUGACACCAUGUGCGUGGUAUUAACAAGUCGCUUCAAGAAUCUAGACACUGUGAGGGCUGUAUGGACCACUGGAGACGUCAAGACCUCCAUAGACUCAGCAGUGACCAUGAAUGACUUGGCGGUCAUUGUGGACAUCUUGAACAUUAUUAAUCUCAAACCAGCCUUGUGGAAACUGGACCUGUGCCCUUCGAUCAUUCCACAGAUUGACAAACUGUUGCAGAGCAAGUAUGAGAGCUACGUGCAGACUGGUUGUACUUCCCUUAAGUUGAUCCUGCAGCGAUUUGGACCCUUAAUGGCAGACAAUCUGGUUACACCACCCUCGAUUGGGGUGGACAUAACACGGGAAGAAAGGCACCAGAAAUGUAAGCUCUGUUACAAGCAGUUAAAAAAUCUGCUCCCGAUUCUUCAGAGUAAAGCGGGACUGCCUGGCCGUCAAGGUAGUGCCUUUCGUGAACUUCAGCUUCUCAUGGCAGCUUUUGAAUGACCAUGUUCCCUGUAGUCUUGUUAUUGAAACCUCCCUCUGGGGACUCUGAGGUCCCCCUCCCUAUUUGAGGAAUUGACAUCCUGUUGCAGACACUGCCAACAAAUGAUGCAAAGCCCAAAUUCUCUUCAAACGGAUUUUGCUUUUCAAGUUUACUGCAAUUAAAAAUUUUGAACAUGAGUUAGCCAAGGAGCGCCUGGAGUUAAUUUUUUUGUAAUGCUGUGGAGAACAAAGUUUCUCAUUUUCAGUAUUUGAGACACUUGGGGAAACUGCUGAUGAUUCCUUAAUUUACUUGCAUCUUGUUGGUUUUAAGUCCAUCCCUGUUAAUCAACAGUGUGGUGUUGCCAGGGAUAGAGGUUCUAGUGAUGUUUUGCAUUAACGUAAGUUACUUUGUUUUCCAUUGAAGGUUGGAGUGAAUUCAAACCUCUGACCUUAAUUUAUCAGCAUUUCAUAGGACAACGCUGGCUAUGUGAAGCCAUUGUGUUGUGCAUGUCCCUGCUGAUGGUCAUUCUAGCCUGGUCUGCAGGUAAAUGGUGAGAUCCAUUGAUGAUAUGGGCUUUUAUCUGUAACUGACAUGCUUUUGGGAUACUUUAGCCUCAAGUAACUUUACUGCUGUUUCCUACUGUAUUGAGCAUGAAACAGGACUACUGACUUUGGUCCUUUGUGAUUCAUUGGAACUCAGUGCAGUAGCUCACUGGCUGUUACUAAGGUACUGAAGUUACUUAGCUUCUGGUGAAUGAUCCAUUGUGGUUUCCUGCAAUGUGAUGUCAGAUUAACUCUUUCAGUUCUACCUGUCUACACUUCUGGAAUGACACAGGUAAUUUCAAUCUGCUCAAGCAGUACAGGGCAAACUGUUUUGAAAUUGCUGAGAGUUCUGUUUACUCCAAGGAUUAGUCAUUUUACAUCUCUCCUAGAUUUUUAACUUCUUUGCUUCAAGGCUGAGAUCAUUACUGGUGAAUGGAUGCCUUUUUAUUGCAUUUCUUUCUAAUUUGAGAACUUUUUCCCAUUCUCCCCAACUUUAACUUGACAAAUAAUCCCCCCAAGUCAUACCUGUUUUUGCUUUCACACAAGUAAAUUGGAUGGAAAUCUUGCCUCCAGAACUGGUUUCCUGGGAGGAGCUUGCCAUUAUGUUGUGACCUGGUAAAAUGAUCCUGUCAAACUUUGUUUUGGGCUGAUUGUCUAGGAGCCCUUCAUCUAAUACCAGUGGAGCAGGCAAGUUACUGUUGUGGCUUCCUAACCAGGUAGUCACUUUAAAUUAGCUCUACUGUAAUAUUUAACCUACAAGCCUUCUAUGUGAAUACUUGAUUGCUGCUAAAGAUGCAUCAAGCCCUUUUUGUUUGGAGUUUCAACUGUGCAUUAUGAUUGAUUUGAACCUGUCCUGUGUUGCUGAGAAUAAGCAGUAUGCUUUACAUUCCAUGUCAGGAGUCAAUUCUGUACUAUUGUACAUUAAGUUUAGAUUGUUCAUCAAUGUCCUCACUAUAUAUUGAUGCUAUGAUUUUGGAAAUGUUUCUAUGUACAUAUGUUAAGUCUUCAAUAAUAAACUGAUUUGAAAAUA